AUGCCACCAGAGCCCAAGCCCGUCAGAACGCACAGCAUCAGGCGCAAGCCGGUGCCAGACUAUGAUUCAGUGGUAUCCGUGGAGACAGUUGACUGGAUGAGAAGGAUGGUUGAGACCUGCUAUUGCCCUCCUUGCAUCGCCCGGACCGCCGAGUACGAGUAUCAAGAUGUUCUUGCCAUCCGGAAGGCUGCUGGGUUCCUAGAUGCGGCAAAGGUCGAACCCGAUGACCCUUCUCGACCAAAGCCUGUCCGCACGAACAGUAUCCGACGCAAGCCCGUGCCGAAAUGGGAUCUUGCUGAUUUCGAGAAUACGCCUACGCCGAAGUCUGAGCCUCUUCCCAACAUCGAGGAGAUUCGUGCUACCUGCGAAUGCCGGCCUUGCGUCGGAUGGAGGAUCGAUCGCGCUGUGGAAGCUGAGAUGGCCUCCUACAAAGCCGCUGAAGAGGAUGCCCAGAACGUCUCCGAGUAG